GAUGGCGGCCUAACUUGACAUAUAGUUUAUGGAAGACAAUUCUCACUUAACAGACCAUCAGCACUAGUGGUAAAGCGUUCACUAAGCAAUGCCACCUAAAAAAGGCAAAGGGAGUGGAGGUGGAGGUGGUAAACAAGAUAAAGGAAAAGGAGCAAAAGGAGGAGGGGGUGGUGAUGACGAGGGAGCAAGUGGAGGGAAGGCAAAGAAGGGUGGAACCGCAGUGAAGGUGAGACAUAUUUUAUGUGAAAAGCACUCUAAAGCAAUGGAAGCCAUGGCAAAGUUAAAAGAUGGUCAGAAGUUUAAUGAAGUUGCCUCAGCAUACAGUGAAGAUAAAGCAAGACAGGGGGGUGAUCUAGGAUGGAUGACAAGGGGAUCUAUGGUUGGUCCAUUUCAAGAUGCAGCAUUUGCUCUCUCACCAAGCACAGUUGAUAAACCAGCAUAUACAGACCCCCCAGUCAAGACAAAAUUUGGUUAUCAUAUUAUAAUGAUCGAAGGAAAGAAAUAACGCCUGAACUGAACUUAUGGUACGGAUCUAGGACAACUCUGAUAUCUUAUUGACAUGAUGGGGAUGUUGAGUAAGAUUCACAGAGCAAUUUUGACUGUAGAAAGUGGAACUGUCAUCUAGUUUUUUGGAAAUUCGUAUUUUAACAUCCUUGAUCAUUUUUUUCUUAUCCUUCUUAGAGAAUUCUUAGAGUGGAAUGUUUGGGCUAAACAAUGUAAGGCGACGGCUUGAAAACGUGAGGAAUUCGUCCACAUCAAAAGUACAAUACUUCCUAUUCUAAACAGAUUAAAAACUUGAUGAAAAUGCA